AUGGAACGAAUUCUUCUCCUUUCUUCCUCAAAACCCCUUUCCAGAGCUUUGAAUGUGACAUUCUCUUCCGCAACCACCUCGAGAUCCUUCUCCUCGCACACUGUUCGGCCGACUCCAGCCCGCGUAUUGUUUCGAAGCGUACCAUCCUCUCGACCUACUCCGUACCGAUGUCUCCAUGCCACUCGCUCAUCUCAGUAUGCGUCAAGUCCACCCAAGUCGCGCGAUCGGGGCCCGAAGAGUGACGAAGAUACACAAACCGACUUUGGGAAUCUGGAUGUCCUGCGGAAUAGUGUAGCCCCCGCAACCUCGAUCGAUGCUUGCACCGGAGAAGGAUUUGCGCUCAAUAAUCAAAUGAGGAUAGGAGGAUGCGGUGUGCUGCUCGUUGGUGGGGAAGUAUUCAGGUGGCGGCCUUGGUUAGUUGGUAAAGAGAAGGAAGAGAAAUCAAGCUCCAACAGCGUUCAUGAUGAGCUGAAGGGCACGCUGAAGAAUGCGAAAGGGCAAUGGGAGGUACAGGACGAAGCCUGGGGUCUUUUCGACCUCCUCUACCCAAAACCAGACCUCCUCAUUAUCGGCACCGGGCCGCACAUGCUUCCAAUCGCACCCAAAGUACGCACCCACCUAAACAACCUAGGAAUACGGCUCGAGAUUCAAGACACUCGCAAUGCUGCCGCUCAAUUCAAUCUUCUAGCGACGGAACGGGGCGUUUCGCAGGUCGCUGCUGCUCUAAUCCCCAUUGGGUGGAGAGAGAGCAAGUAG